ACCACACCAGGCAAGACCCCGUCCGUCCAUCUACCACAUCAUCGGCUCGUCACGUCACGCCAGCAGCGGCCACGACAAACCACAACGCCCGUCUUGACCUGCCCAAGCACAAUACCCGAGGACGCGACCAGACUGCCGCCAGCGCCAGCUCUCUGCGCGCACCACCUUUGUCUUUCCUCGGCCGACCCUCACCCCUGGCCAAGCUGCUGUCACCGUCACCGCCGCACGAUCUGCGUGAGCAACAUUCCAGCCCUCGACUCUCGCCGCGCACCCUGCUGCUCCCGUAGCACAAUACCGUGGCCACGUCCCCAGGAACGCUAUCCAAGGCCACAUCCGUCCGCCUGCAAUGGGCGCCUUCUGAGCCACCCGCCACACUCCCCCAGCAACGCGCACGCGAUGGAUUCACGCCAACACCCGCCCGGGUUACCUUUCUCCCGUGGCAGCGCUGGCUCGCCCGCCCACUACACGCGCUCGCCCUUCCCGCCCGCGACCAACAGCUCAAACACGACGCCUUCGCCAUACCCGCCCGGUCACCAGCCAAACUCGGCCAGCCCGGCCGCGCCGCCUCCUGGGUCCUAUCCCGAACACCCACAUCAGCAGCACCAGCACCAGCACCAGCGCCACCCAUCCGACUCGGCCACGACGUACUACUCCCAGUCGCGACCUCCAUACUCGUCGGCCGAACAUGGCGCUCCAUCCGCUCACCACGCCUCCGCGCACGCGCGGCACCAUAGCUCCUCCUCGAUCGGCGGACCCUUGAACCGCAAUAUGCCACCGCCUUCGCCGCCCCGAGCCGAGCAGAACAGCCACUACGGUGGUCCUCCACCAUCACACGCCCGCCCACCGUCGCUGGGACCUUCAGGAGCCUUCGCGUCUGGGAGAGAACUGCCUGCGCUCAACUCGAUACCAAGAAGUGGAAGCAGCAUGUCCAUCUCGGCCAUGCUGGGAGGCCCGUCUCCAGCACACCGCGAGACGACACCCGGGCACUCGGCGCACGCGCCUUACCCGCCACCAGCGACAGCCGCACCCUCCUCGGCAUCUCCUUACGCCGGACCCGUACACGCUUCGCCCCGUAUGCCACCUUCGAGCGCCUCCGACCCAUAUGCGCGCCGCCCUCACACCCCCGAAGCCGGACGACACUACGAUGGGCGCGAGCCUCGAAACAGCUCCGCUCCGUCACCCUCACACCCAGCAUACGGCACACCAGAGAUGGCGAGGUAUGCUUAUCCCCCCAGGGGGCCGUCGAUGGGCCCUGGCGAGGAGCGCAGGGACCUGCCACCACGUGCCGGAACAGGCAGCGUUCCGCCGCAGGCGGGCAAUCCACCACGAUCACACAACUCGUCAGGUGCGCGGUCGGUAGAUAUGGGCAGAGGUCCGAUGGGAGCUGAGCCAUUGUACGGACGCAGGGAAGACCCCAGACCUCCGGGUCUCGGACCGGGAGAAUAUAACACGGAUCGGGCGGCUCGUGGCGCACCUUUCGAGGACGUGCGCAGAUUCGUCCCCGACCGUGAUGCGAGAGCACAGCUAGAGUCGCAGUUCCGGGACAGAGACCGCCGGGAUCGCUUGUCGUUCGAGGAUCCGCACCGUGCAGCGUACGGCCACAUGCCUGAGCAGGAGCGACUGGAACGAGAACGAGAGAGAGAACGUGAGCGGAUGAGGAGUCUUGAGCAGGAACGGGAGCGGGAUGCACACCGAGAUAUGGAGCUGCGGGAGAGGCAACGCCGAGAAAGGACAACUUCAGAUCCACACCGGCCUCCGGUCCAACACGCCCAGCCACCAGCAUAUGGUAAACACGACCCCCGUGAUCCACGAGACCCCGCGGGAUGGCCGCGACAGGGUUACGAGCAGCACCCAGGUGGAAGAGGUCCUUACGACCAACCGCAUCACGACUAUCCGGCUGCGACGACCGGCUCCGCCUAUCCAGGCCACCCUGCGUAUGCUGCGCACGCCACCGAGCGCUAUCCACCUAGCGGUCCUCCGCCGCCACACGCGCUGCCGCCAGGACAUGGUGGCCCGCUUCCCACCAGUGCGUAUGGAUCGCCUGAGCGUGGUCGCUACUCACAACCCCCGGGGCCGCCGCCACCGCACGUGCAUGCAGGGGCACCCCGCCGGCCAGGCGAGGAUCCUCUGCCGCCGACUUCAGCAUACAACCCUCCAGGGACCGGCCUGUUCGAUGGACGGCCGCGUCACGUCGAGGAGGGACCAAGCAUGCCAGGGCAGCCGAACAGGCUUCUUCACAUCCACGAGAUCAACCGGAAAGGUCGCGUGUCUCCUCUGCCUCAGGCAGUACAGGGCGCACAACCGCAGCUGCAAGGUCCUGGUGGUGAGCCGGGCAUCAAGAGCGAGUUCGGACGAAUGUUUUCUGGUAUUGGCAGCGGUGUCCGUGGCAUUGGCGGGUCGAGUCCGAUUCCUUCGGGCGCGCAACUGUCAUUCUCAAGCCACCCAGUGAUUGGUCGCCGCGACGAUGCGGAGCUGGCUCACGACGCCGAUGACACGCCAGCCAAGACCAAUGGCAAGGCCAAGCGUCGCAAGGCCAAGGAUGACGACGGAAAGGGUGAUGACGACAGCAAUGGCCGGUCCACGCCUCUGGGCCGCGUCAAGCGUCCCAAGACGCAUACUCAUCACCACCACCAUCACAGCCACCAUCACCAUCACCACCACGGCCCCGAAAGGACGGCAUCACCACUGCCAGCAGGCGGCUCCUUCAAGGGCGCCAAGUCAACGACGCCAAUACCACUGCCCAACGUUGGUGCCAAGGAUCCCCCGCUUACACACCAUCAUCACGUUCCAAGGUCGGCGGUGCCGAAACACACAGCUCCGGUGGUAGCGAUCACGCCAAAGUCCAAGAAAAUUGUAUCUUCGAAAGCUGUAUAUGACUCGGUCGCUGGCAGGGAGCGGCGGCACCUAGGCGAGUUCCUGUACAAUGUGACUCUAAAGCCUGUACCGCGUCGCUCGCACGCCAAGACCAGCUACGUCUCGACGCCGGAGCCACUGCCUAAGGAGCUGAUCAAGGGCAACGAGAACUGCACGCUGCUAGUCAAGGUGCCGCGGGUACAUCUGACGCCAUCGGCACGGGAAGAGCUCACAGCCCGUCGGUCGAUCUGGGGCACAGAGGUGUACACGGAUGACUCUGACGUUGUCGCGGCGUGCAUACACGACGGCUGGAUCCGGGGAGAAUGGGGUGACGAUGUCGACGCCAGCCUGCUGGACCUGAAUCAGCCAACCUCGAAGUCCAGGAAGCCCAAGAGUGGCAUUGCAGAGCACAGCUCGCAGCAGCAACAAAACCUCGAAGUCCUUACCGCACGGCCAGAGGCGCCGGUCCCGAUCCCCGUGGACAGGGACCUGCACGUCACCGUCCUGAUCCUGCCCGCGCUCGAAAAGUACUCGGGCAUGACACGCUUUGGCAUGACGAGCCGCGAAUGGGGUCCCAGUGGACAGCAGCAUUCUCUCAGCCACAAGCCACACGACGGCAUCAGCUUCGCGAUCCACUCUGUGCGCUGGGUCGACGGCGCCGCGCCCGUCGGCCGGCUCCGGGGCAAGGCCAGGCGAGACAGAAUCCGCAAGGCCAUGGGGGAGGUGAACAAGGCGCAGCUCGUCGAUGUCGUGCUGAAGGAGGUCAGCCCCGGUGCGACUGCUGCGAUGGGCAAUGGUGCGCAGCAAGGCCAGGGGCAGGACGCCGACAAGAUGGACGAGGAUGUCGAGGCGCCAGGAGGCAAGGACGACAAGGAUGUGCACGGGGAGGUGGAUAAGGAGAACCGGCCUGAGCCAGGAAACAAUGUCGCGGAUGCUGCUGCUGGGGCGGUUGGGUUGGAGGCGGCGGCGGAUGAACAGGACAAGGCAAAGAACGCGACGCAGGAUAGCCGUGAAGGGCACGUCGGUGGUGCAGCUGCUGCCGCUACUACUACUGGUGCUGCUGUUUGACAUCUCGGAGGUGUCACUGUCCGCUGACAGCAAUGAACGCCUCGGAGCGAGGCAGUAGUGUACAUUUCACCAAGUGUAUAUACACAGGAGUAUAUGACGGUGAUUCCUUGAUGUAAAUCAUUCCCCGGGAACAAAAGCAAUAUAUACCACCAGCGUUUUUGUACUUUU